CUUUUGCAAACGCCGUGCUCCUCGUCCACGUUUUAGUAUAUGCUGAAGUCAAUCCAUGCAAUAGAUCCUUUGUCAAAAUGUCUGGUUGGACACUCAUCCCGCUCUUAGUCUUGGUGGCAUCCUUAGCCGCAGCCUUACCCGCUCCACCAUCCCAAGCACCCAUCAUACAAGACCACUCGCAAGGCUAUGAAUUUGACGAACUCCUCCAUCUCCCUGGCAUCUCACCGUAUUUUGAUGCUGUUGGUUUCGGACUGGAGCACACUCCUCCUCCAGGCUGCAGAGUCACCGCAGCUUCCUACCUAAUCCGCCACGCCGCAAUUUACGCCAACGACGACGAAUACGAGAAAUACAUCAAGCCGUUCUUGUACAAGCUCGAGCAACACCGCUCAGGAUGGUCCGGCCCACUCGAGUUCAUGUCCCACUGGGUAUCACCGAUUCUUGAGGAUAAACUUGAGGACGUCACACCUUCUGGCAAGGAAGACGCCAUGAAAGUCGGCAGCCACCUGGUCAAACGCUAUCCUCAUCUUGCGCCCACCGUAAAACGGAUCCUCGCCGACAAGAAGCCACGAACCUACGAUACCGCGCAAGCUUUAGUCAGAGCCUUCCCCAAGCCUUCCGACAUCGAAGUUGUGCGCAUCACCCAAAACACGAACGGCAGCAUGGACUCCUUGAUCCCGCACAAGUCUUGUCCAGCAUUCACCAAGCAACCCGGCACUGACGAGAUGGCUAAAUUCGUGUCCCACUAUGCAGCCCAUGUGUCGGAGCGUCUCGCACGCUUCACGCCCUUCAACUUGACCGACAACGACAUCGUCGGCCUCCAAGGCCUGUGCGGCUAUGAAUCCGCGAUCAACGGUGAAAGAAGCCCGCUCUGCGCCAUCUUUACCGACGCAGAGUGGAUGGCCUACGAGUACGCCUGGGACCUGAAGUACGCGCACAUGGUCGGUCCAUUGAAUCCAUUGUCGCCGUACUUGGGCUACCCAUGGCUACAGGCACAGAGUGAAUUGUUUCAGCAGAUCGACAGCGGCGCCGACUUGAAUCCUGAGUCAGGGUGGCCACCAAAACAAAGAUUGUUCCUGGGCUUCACGCACCGCGAAGUCCCACCGUUCGUAGCCACUGCAUUGGGUAUUUUCAACUCGUCGUCGCUGGCGGUCGAGCAGUUCCCGACAGAUCACGUCAACUGGGUGCGCGCGUGGCGCAUGAGCGACCUCAUACCGUUCCUGGGCCACGUGGGCAUGGAAAAAUUGACGUGUGACGACAGAUCCGGUCGCGAGGGCGAGUAUAUUCGCGUCAUUGCCAAUACGGCCCCAAGGCCGAUUCCUUUUUGUCAGGAUGGUCCUGGUGCGAGUUGCCCGAUGAGCGACUGGGUGGAUUUCAUCGCCCAGGGCGCGGAGGAGUUCAAGGAUCAUGGAAAGGUGUGUAAGAAGGAAUCUAAAGAGAGAAAGACGUAGAGUGGAGGGACGACGUCCGGUGUACCUUAUGUAGUACCUCGGUCAUGUUUUUGCAGACCUCAAGAUGCAUGCUAGAGAGGAGAAUAGUACUCCGUAGGAAGUCAUGAGGGUUGGGAAAGUGAAACUACCACUAAUAAAGCUGGUCCGCC